AAGCUCCUUAAUUGCAGCCAACUCAAAGUUGGUGCUUCAUUCAUGCACUUCUCGCACUCUUAGUCUCUUUGGUUAGUUUCAAAGUGCAAUCCUGCUCCACCAACAAUAUGAAGAUCCAGUCUAUGAUUUCCUCCGGCCAACCUCAUCCUCCACCAUCUCCUCCAUUUCCUUCUCCGAUCUCAACAUCACCGAGGAGCACAACAUUGGGUUGCCGUUGCCGUAAAUGUAGAAAAUCGCGCCAGUUUUGUGUUCAUUAAGGACUUCAGGAUCGACAACAAUGACUCUACAAUUUAGGAGAUCAGGAUCGCUUUCGAGAAUCUUGAAGACGACCUUGAUUUUAUUCAUGCGAGCUUUGUUUUAAUCUUUUUUUUUUUUCUACUUUGAGUUUGCUAGCGGCUGGUCUUUGCCCUUUUUGCUUUUUAGAGAAAAGAUAUUCAUAUGAUUCCAUUUCUCUACUUUUUAUUGUCUGCAGUCAUAGCAACUGUAAUAUUUUUACAUAAACUUACAAUCCAUAGGCAUUCAUCAUAUGGCACUCUCAAUUACAUGUUUUGCCUCUUUUUUUCUUGCAAUUUCAAUAGGCUCCCUAAGCAGUAACCUAUUUGCAAAUAGUAAAAAUUCCUGUAUAAUUCAGAGGCUUAUCUUUUUUCCAUGUUGUUAUUGAAAACAGCCUUAAGCACAAGGAUCUUUUCCUCUUGCACUAUCCUCAUCCACUUUUUGUCCGGUAUUGUCAGCCAAGCUUACAUUCUUCUUCCCAGACCAUGUUGUUUAAAUUAUACAAAAAGAGAGAGGUUCGCACAUCAUUGGAUAUGUGCAGAAGGAAGAAUCAUCAUCGACAUAUGGCUUGUUGCAUUGCGCAUCCUAGCUGUUCGAGCAGUGACUGUGAAACUUGCUUUAUAUCUUCACAUACAGGUCUUUGUUUUCCCUCAUUCUUUCCUCACUUGAAAAUUGAAUUGACUAUAAUAUAUCAUUUUAAUGGAA